CACUGUGUCACUGAUCUAAUCCAAUUUUUAAUGUCCCUCCAGUUUUUGGCUCGCCUCUUAUUUGGUCAGGCACUUAAAGAGCCUACCUAAACAAACUUUCUUGCCAUUGAAGGGAAGAGAUAUGCCAUUUGUCUUUAUAUGUGUUUUUGUGUAAGCAACUGGUGCAGGUAGUAUUUGCCUGAGGAAAGGUCCGGUCUGAUCUUGCUUUCCUACCUUAAGAAGAGCCAUCUUCUGACAAAAGUUCCAGCCUUUCAUGUCCAACAGAUGGUCCUAAUUCCCUUGCACCUGUGCAGCAUUUUCCUGGACUAGCAUUCUCAUUUCGGCAUCGGCGGGCGGUCGGAGUUUUUGUAUCCUUGAUUGAUUCGUGGAAAUGGGCAGUAUCCCUCUGUCAAGUGAUGGUCUGACCAUGGUUUGUGCACCCAUAAUGGGUGAAUCGGUCGACCAAGCGAUUGAUCAAAUGCACAAGGCAAAGACACAAGGUGCAGAUGUGGUUGAGGUCAGGCUGGAUUGCAUCAAGCACUUUCAGGCUCACCAGGAUCUUGAAAUCAUCCUCAAGAACAAGCCGUUACCGGUUAUCAUUGUUUACAGGCCUAAAUGUGAAGGGGGGCUCUAUGAAGGCGAUGAAAUGGCUCGGUUGGAAGCACUUCGUUCUGCUCUGAAAUUAGGUGCUGAUUAUGUCGAUUUCGAGCUCAAGGUUGCCUCUGACGUUAUCAGUAAGCAGAAUAGGCUUCAGUGUGGAGGUACCAAAGUGAUAGUUUCAUGCUUUUUGGAUGGCGCGACCCCUUCUGAAGAAGAACUUAGCAAUCUUGCUGCACGUAUGCAAGCUACUGGCGCAGAUAUUGUGAAAGUUGUCACUAGUGCUAGUAACAUCACAGAACUGGCCAGACUUUUUCAUUUACUGUCUUAUAGCCAGAUGCCAGUAGUUGCAUACUCUGUUGGAGAAAGAGGUCUUAUCAGCCAAUUGUUGAGUCCCAAAUUUGGUGGUACUUUAGUCUAUGGCUCGAUAGAAGGAAAGGCAAUUCCCGGUCUUCCCACUUUGGAAAGCCUAAGAAAAGCAUACAAAGUUGAGUACAUCGAUUCGGGCACGAAAAUUUUCGGCCUCAUCUCGAAACCAGUUGGCCACAGCAAAGGUCCGAUUUUGCAUAAUCCUACAUUCAGACAUAUGAAUUUCAAUGGACUUUAUGUCCCGAUGUUCGUCGACGAUCUCAAAGAAUUCUUCCAAGUUUACUCUACCUCCGACUUUGCUGGUUUUAGACAUGAAUUUCUCUUAGUCUUGAACUGCAGUGUGGGGUUUCCAUACAAAGAAGCUGUCGUUCAGUUUUGUGAUGAAGUACAUCCACUUGCUCAGUCCAUAGGUGCUGUUAACACUAUAGUAAGGAGGCCUAGUGAUGGGAAAUUAAUCGGCUAUAACACAGAUUGUGAGGCUUCAGUAACUGCCAUAGAAGAUGCUCUGCAAGAAUGUCGAUGCAUUAAUGGCAAACAAUCUUUGGUCUCUCCACUGGCCGGCAGAGAGUUUGUGCUAGUUGGUGCUGGAGGUGCAGGAAGAGCUUUGGCUUUCGGUGCUAAAAUCAGAGGAGCUCGGAUCAUCAUUUUCGACAUUGAUUUUGAGAGGGCAAAAAUACUUGCUAAUGCCGUAUCUGGUGAAGCUAGGCCCUUGGGGGAUUUACCUUACUUCCAGCCGGAGAAAGGAUCAGUUCUUGCUAAUGCAACACCGAUCGGAAUGCAUCCAAACAAAGACCGAGUACCGGUUUCCGAGGCGAGUUUGGGGGUUUUCCAGCUCGUCUUCGACGCGGUUUAUACACCGAGAAAGACGACUCUGCUGAAGGGGGCCGAGGCUGCCGGAGCAAUUAUCGUAAGUGGAGUUGAAAUGUUCCUCAGACAGGCCAUAGGCCAGUUCAAUCUCUUUACUGGAGGAGAAGCACCCAAGGAGUUCAUGAGGGAGAUAGUUUUGGCCAAGUUCUGACCAGCUGCAAGAACGACAUUCCGCGAUGACAUUCGGCUGUUUGCCUUCAUUGCUCUAGCUUAGCGGGGACAAAAUAAUACUGAAGUAAUCUAAAAAGGUAUCAUCUGUUCGAGUAGUUUCAUUCGGUUGUAUCGAACAUUCAUCACUGUGCUACUCCAAAUGAUGAUCAAAUAUCGAAAGUUGUAAGCUUUUGAAACACAAUUUGAAGGAUGAUUAUUC